AGGUUAGGUUGAGCUACAGGCGCGGGGGAGAACUGGGGAAACUGGAAUUCCCGCGGAGCUGACGGCGCUUGCUCUCCCCCUACUUGUUUUAACUCCACGCGCUCCAAAAUAUCCGCCAUGGAGAAAUCUUGGCCAGGAUGUCCAUUCUAGGCCCACUGGUGCUGUCCUGCUGAAGGCUGGAUCAAGCAUCUCUACAGGAACUGUGGCAAGGGAGGGUGUGACACAGGUCUAAUCAGCUGCCAUCAUCAUCAUGAACUUUGAGGGUCUGGACCCUGGACUGGCAGAAUUUGCCUCAGCCAUGCAUUCAACCCUGGACCCUGUCCUGGAUGCCCACUUGAACCCAAGUCUGCUACAGAACGUGGAGCUGGACCCAGAGGGAGUGGCCUUGGAGGCUCUUCCUGUGCAGGAGUCAGUGCACAUAAUGGAAGGUGUCUACUCUGAGUUGCACAGCGUGGUGGCUGAAGUGGGUGUACCUGUGUCCGUCUCCCACUUUGAUUUGCACGAGGAGAUGCUGUGGGUGGGGAGCCACGGGGGCCAUGCCACUUCAUUUUUUGGACCAGCCUUGGAGCGCUACUCAUCCUUUCAGGUCAAUGGCAGUGAUGACAUUCGGCAGAUCCAGAGCCUCGAGAAUGGUAUCCUUUUUCUCACCAAGAACAACCUCAAGUAUAUGGCCCGUGGGGGCCUCAUUAUAUUUGAUUACUUGCUGGAUGAGAGUGAGGAUAUGCAUAGUCUCCUGCUGACUGAUAGCAGCACUCUACUUGUUGGUGGGCUGCAGAACCAUGUAUUGGAAAUUGAUCUGAACACUGUCCAGGAGACUCAAAAGUAUGCUGUUGAGAUACCUGGAGUCACCAUUAUGAGACAGACAAAUCGCUUCUUCUUCUGUGGCCACACAUCUGGCAAGGUUUCCCUAAGAGACCUCCGUAGUUUUAAGGUGGAGCAUGAAUUUGAUGCCUUCUCAGGGAGUCUGUCAGAUUUUGAUGUACAUGGCAACCUAUUAGCUGCCUGUGGAUUCUCCAGCCGCCUCACUGGCCUGGCCUGUGACCGUUUCCUCAAGGUGUAUGAUUUGCGCAUGAUGCGUGCCAUCACACCACUUCAAGUACAUGUGGAUCCUGCCUUCUUGCGCUUCAUCCCUACAUACACUUCUCGUCUUGCUAUCAUCUCCCAGUCAGGGCAGUGCCAGUUUUGUGAGCCUACAGGCCUGGCCAACCCAGCAGACAUUUUUCAUGUGAAUCCUGUGGGACCUCUGCUAAUGACAUUUGAUGUGUCAGCCAGCAAGCAGGCCCUGGCAUUUGGAGAUUCUGAGGGCUGUGUGCACCUAUGGACUGAUUCCCCUGAGCCUUCCUUUAACCCCUACUCCCGUGAGACUGAGUUUGCUUUGCCCUGUCUCGUGGACUCACUGCCUCCUCUGGACUGGAGCCAGGACCUGCUGCCUCUUUCUCUCAUCCCUGUUCCACUCACCACUGACACACUUCUCUCUGAUUGGCCUGCUGCCAACUCCGCUCCAGCACCCAGGCGAGCACCACCUGUGGAUGCAGAGAUUCUGCGCACCAUGAAGAAAGUGGGCUUCAUUGGCUAUGCACCCAACCCCCGCACCAGGCUGCGCAAUCAGAUUCCUUACCGACUAAAGGAGUCAGACAGUGAAUUUGACAGCUUCAGCCAGGUUACUGAGUCACCAAUAGGGCGUGAAGAGGAGCCACAUCUCCACAUGGUUUCUAAGAAAUACCGCAAGGUAACCAUCAAAUAUUCCAAGCUAGGGCUGGAGGACUUUGACUUCAAACACUACAAUAAGACCCUGUUUGCUGGAUUAGAGCCCCACAUUCCUAAUGCCUACUGUAACUGCAUGAUCCAGGUGCUCUAUUUCCUGGAGCCUGUUCGCUGUCUAAUCCAGAAUCACCUUUGCCAGAAGGAGUUCUGUCUGGCAUGUGAGCUGGGCUUCCUCUUUCAUAUGUUGGACCUUUCUCGCGGUGACCCUUGCCAGGGCAGUAAUUUUCUUCGAGCAUUCCGUACUAUUCCAGAGGCCUCAGCCCUUGGUCUGAUCCUGGCUGAUUCAGAUGAGGCAUCAGGCAAGGGCAAUCUGGCAAGGCUCAUUCAGAGGUGGAAUCGUUUCAUUCUCACUCAGUUGCACCAGGAUAUGCAGGAGCUAGAAGUACCCCAGGCUUAUCGAGUUGCUGGAGGCAGCAGCUUUUGUUCAUCGGGGGACUCUGUCAUUGGGCAGCUAUUCAACUGUGAGGUGGAAAACUGCAGUCUCUGCCGCUGUGGCAGUGAAACCGUGCGAGCCUCAUCUACCCUGCUCUUCACACUCUCCUACCCUGAGGAUAAAACUGGGAAGAACUAUGACUUUGCUCAGGUGCUGAAGCGAAGCAUCUGCCUGGAACAGAAUACACAGGCCUGGUGUGACAACUGUGAGAAAUACCAGCCUACGAUUCAGACCCGCAAUAUCCGCCACCUGCCAGAUAUUCUUGUGAUUAACUGUGAGGUGAACAGCUCAAAAGAGGCUGAUUUCUGGAGGAUACAGGCUGAGGUUGCCUUCAAGAUGUCAGUCAAGAAGCAUGGUGGGGAAAUCAAAAACAAGGAAUUUGCUUUGGCUGAUCGGAAGGACCUAGGGAAUCCAGAGGGUUUGCUGUUGUGUCCCUCCAUUGAGGAACUGAAGAAUGUCUGGCUUCCUUUUUCCAUUCGUAUGAAGAUGACCAAGAACAAAGGACUGGAUGUUUGCAAUUGGACUGAUGGGGAUGAGAUGCAGUGGGGCCCAGCCAGGGCAGAGGAGGAGCAUGGUGUCUAUGUGUAUGACCUGAUGGCUACUGUGGUACACAUCCUGGACUCGCGCACAGGGGGUAGCCUGGUGGCUCACAUCAAAGUCGGAGAGACUUACCACCAGCGCAAGGAGGGUGUUACUCACCAGCAGUGGUACCUCUUCAAUGACUUUCUUAUUGAACCUAUUGAUAAGCAUGAAGCUGUGCAGUUUGACAUGAAUUGGAAAGUACCUGCUAUCCUUUAUUAUGUCAAAAGGAAUCUCAAUUCCAGAUACAACCUGAACAUCAAGAACCCUAUUGAGGCUAGUGUGCUGCUGGCUGAAGCCUCACUAGCACGGAAGCAGCGGAAAACACAUACUACCUUUAUUCCAUUGAUGCUGAAUGAGAUGCCACAGGUUGGGGACCUGGUGGGCCUUGAUGCUGAAUUUGUCACCCUUAAUGAGGAGGAAGCAGAGUUACGCAGUGAUGGUACCAAGUCUACCAUUAAACCAAGCCAGAUGUCAGUAGCACGGAUCACCUGUGUUCGGGGUCAGGGGCCCAAUGAAGGUAUCCCCUUCAUUGAUGACUACAUCUCUACCCAGGAGCAGGUAGUGGAUUAUUUGACUCAGUAUUCGGGUAUAAAGCCAGGAGACCUUGAUGCUAAAAUUUCCUCCAAGCAUCUCACAACUCUCAAGUCUACCUACUUAAAGCUUCGUUUUCUCAUUGACAUUGGAGUCAAGUUCGUGGGUCAUGGCCUGCAGAAGGACUUCCGGGUCAUCAACCUCAUGGUGCCCAAGGACCAAGUCCUUGACACUGUCUAUCUGUUUCACAUGCCCCGCAAACGAAUGAUUUCCCUGCGAUUUCUUGCUUGGUACUUUCUGGACUUGAAGAUUCAAGAGACCCAUGAUAGUAUUGAGGAUGCCCGCACAGCUCUUCAACUCUACCGAAAGUAUCUGGAGCUAAGCAAGAAUGGCACUGAGCCUGAGUCCUUCCACAAGGUGCUCAAGGGUCUUUAUGAGAAGGGACGAAAGAUGGACUGGAAGGUGCCAGAGCCUGAAAGCCAGACAAGUCCCAAGAAUGCAGCUGUUUUCUCCUCAGUGCUGGCACUCUGACCUGCCUUCUCCCUUCUGUGUUUUGUGGCCCCAUGUUGGCUUUACCCUGUCCACUUCCAGAACUGGACUGCUCAGGGUCUACAGAUGGUGCUAUUAAAUAGAACUGGCAUGCAACAAAAUUGUUGCAUAGGUUCUAGGAGCCAGAGUCCUUCAUCAUCCAUUGCAAAACAGUGGGCGAGAAACGGCCUAGAAUUGACCUAGAUGGAAAGUAAUUGGUAUUAUUAAUAAAUAUCCUGGGUGAUUUACAUCUAGGCAAAGAAGCUCCUGGAACCAAAACCCUCACUUCCUAGCUGGCUAGGGACUAAAGUCUCAGAUUGUGACAGGAUAUAACAGGAGCUGUAGACUUACCUCAAAGUUGCAACUAGUUGAGGGACAAUGUCUGGGGAGACCAGCCUGAAGAAUCUUAGUGGCUCAAGCAAACCAGUGUUGCCAACACCGUUGCCAAAGGAGACUUUGGGUCCUGGAGGAAAUUUAGCUGCUAGCAUCAUUCCUGCUGACAGCAGAGAAGCAUCGGUCUUCCAUUCACUCUGUCUUGAAUUUAUUUUUUUUAAUUUUGUUUUAAAUCGCAUGUUUUGUAAAAUAAAAAUAUUUUUGUCUGUCUCUCAAGAGAACUGCUACUGUGGGAGUUCUCUGAUUUCAGCCCUCUUUAUUUUGGCUUCACCUAAAACUAAAGUUGUGUUCAGAUCCCUGUCUAGAAAUGAAGGUAAAGUGCUAGAGUUCAAAAUUACA